AUGGCUUCUUCCCUCACUGGAGUAGUCACCAGUGUGUUCCACAAAGCAUCCCCAAACCCAUCCUCCGACCCUGCUAUCUACGACAUACACCACCAAAAGUUCACCAGUGACAAACUCCCAAGCACCACUGAAGGCUGGCUCGAGCGAGCUCGCCGUGUUUCUGAAAUCCUUGCUGAGGAUGCCCCAGUUAGAGAUGACGAGAACAAGACUCCGCUUGCCGAGAUUGCAUUGCUGAAGAGUUCAGGACUUCUGAAGCUCCUCGGACCCAAGGCAUUUGGAGGUGGUGGGCAGGGCUGGGAUGUUGCCUACAAAGCCAUCAGGGAAGUCGCAAAGGGUGACGGCAGCAUUGGCAUGCUAUUGGGAUACCACUUGCUGUGGUCUACCACGGCGAAUCUCGUGGGCACUGAUGAGCAGAAGGACAGAUUCCAGAAGACGAUUAUUGAGAACAAUUACUUCAUCGGCGGAGCUGUCAAUCCUCGUGACAAUGACCUCAAGAUCACUGAUCACGGAGACCACCUCAUCUUCGACGGCCAGAAACACUUUAACACUGGUGGUGUAGUCUCAGAUCUGACCGUCUUGGAAGGAGUUCUAGAAGGCACCCAAGACCACAUCUUCGCCUUCGUGACCACCGUCCAAGAUGGCAUCACCUUUGCCCACAACUGGAACAACGUCGGCCUCCGCCUUACCGAAUCCGGAAGUAUCAAGAUCUCCCAGGUAAAAGUCCCCUGGGUCAACGCUUUAGGCUGGGACAUCGUAACCCGCAAGCCCAACCCCGCCGUCCUCUCCAUCCCCUUCGCCACGCUCCUGCUCCCCACCAUCCAGCUCGUCUUCUCCAACUUCUACCUGGGCAUCGCGCUCGGCUCGUUGCAAUUCGCCACAAGCUACACUAAGACGUCGACGCGUGCCUGGCCCUACGGCGGCGACAACAAAACGUCCGCCAGCGAGGAAUUCUACAUCCUCGAACGCUACGGGAACUUCUUCGCUCAUCUCCAAGCUGCGGAAGCGCUGGUUGAUCGUGCUGGUGAGGAGGCUGCGGGCAUCUAUGCCAAGUACGGCCGGGAUCGCGGGGUGAGUGAGAGGGAGAGGGGGGAGCUGGCGGAGUGGGUUGCGAGUACCAAGAUUGUGACUACGGAGGAGGGGCUGCGGGUUACGGCGGGGGUGUUUGAGGUUACGGGCAGUAGGGCGACGGGGAAGAAGGUAGGCUUGGAUCGCUUCUGGAGGGAUAUCAGAACACAUUCGUUGCAUGAUCCCGUGGCGUAUAAGAAUAGGGAGGUGGGCGAGUUUGCGUUGCUGGAUAAGGUGAGUUUGAGCCUUUCUUGUCUGGGGAAAUCGCGUGCGCUGGAUGCUGAUUUUGCCUACUUAGAUCCCUGA